UCAAUAACACAGAGUGAGAGAAAGAAGGGUCUAUUUGGCUGCUCGGCUCAUCUUUACUUAUUUCCAUUUUUAAAGUUCCUAACUUUAAGACGCUUCCAUCUCUGUCUCUCUCUCUCUCUGUAAAACUCUGUGACCAGAAACCAGGAGAAGAGGCCAAAUAAGGGGAGAGUCUAAACCCAAACCCAAACCCAAUUCUUCUUCUUCUCUCCACCUUUGAUCAUUCUUCCCCAAAACCCUAAAUUCUCUUAUUUUAUCUCUUUAUCUCUUUUCAAGUAUAUAUUCUUGGUAUAUAAAUAUAUUUAUAUUUCUGUCUGCAUUUCUUUUCCUUUUUUGUGUAAUAUAUAUCCAAAUGGGUCUCAUUUAUAGGCAGUAAUUCUCAGAUAAAGAACCCGAAUCUCCCUCUAUUCCCCUUCUUCCACUGAUAACAGACGCCCUCGAGAGACCAAAAUUUUUAGCUGUUUCCUUUAUUGAUUCUCAGUUUUUGAUUACUAUGGCUGCGGUUGCUGAGAAGCCAGGCGAGGCAGAGGCUCAGGCUCAGUCUGCCAACAAUAACAACAGCAGCACCGGCAGCAACAACGACAACCAGAAUUUGGAUUCUAAAUCCAAACCCGAAUCCGAAUUCAGUGUGCAGAAGCUUGUGGAUAUGUUCACGAAGCUGAAUCCUUUAGCCAAAGAGUUUUUCCCGUCUUCCUACAAUCACAAAAAUCUUAAUCAGAGCAACGAUAAGUUGUCGGUGAACAAUUUUCCCGCUGCCAAUAAGCAAUCGGGCAAUGAGAUUCUCCCCAAUAACAAUAAUCGGAGGAGAAGAAAUAACUUUAACCAGGGGAGGAGGAGGCUCAAUGGGAGAUCUUCCAGAGCCCAAAGAGAAGAUAGUAUUAGACGAACGGUAUAUGUUUCGGAUAUUGACCAGAACGUUACUGAAGAGCGGCUUGCUGGCUUAUUUAGUAGUUGUGGGCAAGUUGUUGAUUGCCGAGUUUGUGGUGAUCCUCAUUCAGUCCUUCGCUUUGCAUUCGUAGAGUUUGCUGAUGAGCAUGGGGCAAAAGCUGCUUUAAACCUAGGUGGGACAGUGUUAGGAUUCUACCCAGUUAGGGUCUUACCUUCAAAAACUGCCAUCCUUCCUGUGAACCCUGUCUUUCUUCCAAGGUCAGAAGAUGAAAGAGAAAUGUGUACAAGGACAGUUUAUUGUACAAACAUUGACAAGAAGCUUUCUCAAGCUGAUGUCAAGAAUUUUUUUGAAUCAGCAUGUGGUGAGGUUACCCGCUUGAGGCUUCUAGGGGAUCAUGUGCAUUCCACUCGCAUAGCUUUUGUUGAAUUUGCAAUGGAUUUAUUGAUGAGUUUGAAGAUGGAGAAACGAAUUUGACAAUUUUAAUCAAAUGAUACUUGUGUAUCAGGUAAGGUUCUACCCUUGAGUUGUGAUGAAUAUGGAUAACUUUGAUUUCUAAGGUAGGAUUGCCAUGAAGCCUGUCUUAUCUGGUUAAUCGUUGUGGAAAAUACAGAGAGGAUCAGGAUUGAAGUGUAAAGUCAUUGUAUUCAAGUUUGUAUUUAUUAACAGAUUGACAAACUGCUGUACAGAUUUUUGGAUCUAUCAGUUCAUCUGAUUGGCAAACUAUUAUUCUAGAAUAUGACUUUAGAAGAGAAAAUCAUAUUAAGCUUUUAGAAGAGAAAAUCAUAUUAAGCUAUCUUAGAUAGCAUUCCCUCUUCCAACGAGCCAGUUUUUCCCUUAACUUUGCCAAGAUAGCCUCCCCAAAUUUUUAUAUGUCCUUCAACUUAGCUCCAAAUGGCAUGCUCUUGUAGAGGUUAACCUCACUUUCUUGGACAAGUACCAACUGUCUUCUUCUCCAACCAGCCAACUUUUGUCAAACUUGGUCAAGAUAGGUCCCAAAUCCCUAAGUCCUUGUAUUUAGCUUCCAAUGGUAGCAAGAAGAUGUUUCAACAGCAAUAAACAAUUUUGCUGCCCGAUCUUGGAAAAAUCUUCUUCGUCUAUCCUGUUAAAGAAACAUUUUAGCUUUAUUAUAUUUUGGGAGGACAAUUUGCAUGGUUAUUUCUAGAGAUCCCUAUAGAGAACUGACAGGGUAGGGGAAUAAUUACUCAGGAAAGUAUUAUCGAGGAAAAGACAUUCUGCAUCCUUACAUAUGUUAUCACCCUGUGGAACAAUCUAAGACUUGACUAAGUUGAUUUUGAACUUGUAAAAUGCCAACUGGAAACUCAGUAGAAUAAAGUUGAUAUAUGAAAGUGCCUCUCUUUCUGGUUUAUCAAAAAGAAUGAUUCGUCUGCAAAGAGUGGAUCAGAGACUUCCAUGACUUCCUUCCAUUCUCCUAAAUUUAGCACUUCUAUAUUUGAAGCAUUCUAUUAAGUGUCCACAUAACCACCACAAUGAACCGAAAAAGAGGGAUAGAGUGUGGCAUGACAACCUCUAUUGGCUAGGGAUGAGCACGAGGUAUGGGGAAGAUUUGUCUAUUCCCAUACCUGCCUUGCUAGAAGAUCUAUAUAUGUCCAUACCCACCUUGGGUAAAAUAUUCUUUGCUCACCACCUGCCCCACAGGUACACAUUUCUAUCUAGCAUCCGCCCAAUUUACCCGUGCACAUCCGUUUCUUCACCCAUUCACCCUCCACCCACCUCACACUUGAAAACCCACUACUUUUGUUUUAUCCUAAAAAUUUAUAAAAUAUUCAAAUAAAUUAUUAAAAUUUAAUUAGAACUUUUAAACAUGAAUCAAAAUAAAAUAUAAUUUCAAAUAAUAUUUCAGCAUAAUUAAAAUUCAACAAUAAAUACAAAAUAACCUCAUAAAAAUACAACAUUAAAUAAUAUAUUCAAACUAGUUAUAAAAAAAUCAUCUACUAGAACUAUGUAUUAUCACAUUAAUCUUGUUUUAAUAUCCAAAAAUUGUUCACAAGAAAGAAGAACAAUAAUAAAAUUAAAAAUGUAGUAAGUAUAUGUAUUAACAAUAUCUAAUCAUAUACAUAUAAUUAGUGGGGCAGGACAGGGUGGGCAUGUAACUAAAAUUUAUACUCUCAUUAUACUCCUUGCAAGUUUAUGAUUUUUUAUUCACUCUCGUCCAGUCUAUUAAUUACGAAUUCUUUUUCAUCUCACCCACUAUGUGUUAGGUGCAUUAAUAGGUAGCCAUCCCUGUGUCCAUAACUACUAGUGAUCCUCGUUUUCACUCUGUUUACAUGGUGAUAUUACAGAUUUGGGUCAAUCCUCAACAUUAAUACGAAUUCUUGCCUCAUUUUUGCUCCCUGAGCUUCCCAUGUUAAAUAGAGUGAUAGAAAAUGUUUAUUUUUUGCUAUUUUUCUAUAACAAAUUUUCGAAUUUAUUUCUAAAAGAGUUCCACCUCAGGCUGGAUUAUUCCUUGUGAUUUCUUAUAUAAUGCACAUCAUAAAUGAGAUUAACACAUUUAGCCCCAUACCCUCUUUGCCCUGACACCUCCAAGCAGUUGAGAUUAAUCUUUUUUUAAUAAAGUUUUUAACUUAGUUUGGAUUAAAUUAGGAUUCCUAUCAUCAUUUCAACACAUCAAUAGCCACGUGUACCGUGAGUACCAAGAGUUAACAACCAAUAAACAGUUGUUACAUCAAAGAAUGAAUCUGGUAGAAAUUUAAAAGUAUAGAACUCAGAUAGACCAAAAAAUAAAUAGGGGCUUAAAGAGAAAAAUACAAAUAAUACCGAGGCUCAUAAACUAUUUCUGCCGAGAAGAAAAGAGAAUCAUGUUAGAUGAUUAAGCAUGCCCAUUGCUUGCCAAAUAUUUGCAAUUUGACUUAAUUUAAUGUUUGCAAGAAUAUUCAUGUUAUUUCUUUUUUUGAUGAUGUGUAAUAGAUAAAAUCCUAAUAAAAUUAUAACUUUUAGAAAAAUGAAUAAAAAAUAAAGCAAGAAAACCAUUUAUUCUUCACAUCAAGUAUUGCUUCCUAGAUCAUUCUAUAGUUAUCCACGGAUGAAGAGAAAAACAAAGAAUAUCAAGACAGUGUAAGAUAUGUUUCUAAAGAAAAAAAAAUUAAUUAGUGAUAUGUUAGACCGACCAGAGGAAUUUGCUGAUUCUUAACCGUAAGGACAUUGUGGAAUGUUGUACUUUCUCAGGGACAUAUAGUGAAGUCACUGGCAGGUUCCCUUUCCUUAAUGAUAAUAACCAUCCUACAUUCAUAUGCAUGGAUCAUUUUAUGCGUUUUGUGUUGAUCAAUCAAUGCUUUUUCUAGCCCUAGAUUUGUUUCAAUUGAAAAUGCUGAAAA